AUGGAUUCAUGUAUCAUUACAUAUAAACAUGAAGAAUUAAUCACAAAAUGGAUUGAAAAAUUAGAAAUUACAGAUCAGAUAUCUGCUUCAUAUGAAUUCAAAUUAUUAGCUCGCGAACGAGAUAGUUUUAUAUUCUCAUUUAAGGAUAAAAAUGAUGUUAAUAAUCAUAUUUUAAGCCGAGUGAAGAAUGAACAACGUGCUACAUAUAAUUGUAGUAGUUGUGGUCCAGCAUUUGGUUAUUCAGACCUUAUUAUAAGUCCUUUUUAUGGUAAUAAAUGUAUAAUGUCUGAUUAUGAAAAACCGAUCAGAGAAACUGGAGACAAAUUUCGUGUAGAAAUAUGUGAAAUAUUUUUGAUCGCAAAAAAUUGA